AUAAAGUAGCUCAUUGGCCAUUGCCAUGGGCCAAACUCUGAUAGACUUCAGGUAUUUUCCCUCGACUUUUUUGAAUCAAUACAUUACCCAUCGUUUCUCCCAUUUUGAGUUUUUUCUUCUCCAAGAAAUAAAUAAAUAAAUUUAAAAUAAAAACCCUAAAUCCCAUCAAUAAAACCGGACCCCAAAAUCUCCAUUGACGAAACCAGACUACUAGGGUUUUUUGAGGAUCAUGUACGUCUCCUUCAACGAUCACCAUGAAAUCAAAGCUCCGCAAGGAAGCUAAAACCCAAGCUUCGACGAUGACGAAGACGACGACUGCAACCCCAUCGGAGCUCUCGUUCGCCAUAGCCAGAAUCGCAGUCUCCCAGAUCUGUCAGUCAGUGGGAUUCAAAGCCACCCAGCUCUCCGCCCUCGAGACCCUGACCUUCGUGGCCACCAAGUACCUCCAGGCCAUAGCCGGGUCCGCUGCCUCCUUCACCAACUCCUCCAACCGCACCCAAUCCAACCUCCUCGACCUCACCAACGCCCUCCACGACGUCGUUUCACUCCACAGCGGCGGCUUAUCCGGAGGCUCCAUUCUCCACAGACCCACUUCCACUCUCCUGUCCACCUCAGGGGUCCUAAAGGACCUCGCCAAUUUUGUCUACUUCCACGACGAAAUUCCAUUCGCCAAGCCGAUUCCCCGGCCGGACAGUACUAGUUCCUCCGGCAACUCGAGUCCCGGGACUAAAAACUUAGAUUGUUCCCGGGGCUCGCAUGUUCCAAAAUGGCUGCCCGGAUUUCCAAACGGAAACAAUGGGGUUGAUGAGAUUUACCCAGGGAAGGGAAAGAGAAAGAACGGGGAGAGCUUGUGGGAGGAAUCGGUUCUAGUGAGGAGUGAUUUGGGGUGGAAGAAUUGGAAUGAAAAUGGUCGAAAAAGGGUAGUUGGGGAGGGGAAAGUGGAAACGGGGAGAGGGAAUGUGAGGUUUAAGAUGGGUUCAAGGAGUGGGGUUUGUAGGCUAGAAAACAAUAAGAACAAUGUCAAUGACAAAAGUAAUGGGAUUGAUAAGGAAGAGAAGAUCCUUGUGUACAAGAGAAGAAGAAGAAGGGAUGAUGGUGGGCGCUUAAUCAAUUUGUGAUAAUUUAAAGUCAUGAAGAGAGUAUAGAUCAAGCUGUAUCCUCCAUCUGUAAUGUGAUUUUGAGUUCAAACAUUUUCAAGAAGAUUGAUAAGGGUGGAUUUGAAUGAAUUAUGGUUGGAUAA